CACUAUACACAUUCACUACACAUCAGAACAGCAAAGCUUUUCCAUUCUUUGACAAAAGGCGUAAUCAUGAAAUUUCUUCUUUUAAGUAUUGUGCUAUUUGCUGCAGCAUAUGCAACACCAAAGAGAGGAAAACGCGAGGCCUUUGCCCUUCCUGACAGUGCUGACAUUUUAGUGGGUCCAGUUAAAACAACAUUCUCUUGCUUCUACGAUGGUUACUACGCUGAUGUAGACAACGAGUGUCAAAUCUUCCACGUGUGUCACACUGUCGAGAGUGAGGAUGGCUCAAGGAACAUUCAGCAAUGGUCCUUCCUUUGCGGCAACCAAACCAUCUUUAACCAGCUCACAUUAUCUUGCUCCGAUCCUGAAGAUGCUGUGCCCUGUUCCGAGGCUACCAACUUCUAUAGCAUCAAUGACAGGAUUAAUGCUGAAGAUACCGAACUCAACUUUUUGGACGAAGAAGACAUACAAAGAGCAGCGCCUUUGUUGUUGAAGAACACACGAGAAGGCAUCAAUCGAAUGGGUUGAAGAGACAACUUAAACCCCUCAUGAUCUUCGAAUAUGUGACUGUUGCAAGAAUUGGGAUAUUUUAUUUAUUUUAAUAGCAAUUGCUUCCAACCUUUUACAACUGACUGCAUAACAUAGCUGCUCUGAAAACUAGUAACCAGAAAGUUUGUGUUGCCACAAAUAUUUUUGCAAUUUAAUCCUCUUUGUGACAAAAUAUUUCGCUAUGUUUCCACCUUGCGCGCAUGAUAUUUUAAAAAUGGCCUAAUGGUACA